CGAUGGUGCUAGAGAAGUUGAGGCUAGGAUGCGGGAUGUGGCGAGAGUUAGGCUGUUGGGCGCUUGUGGGUUGGUUGUCGAGCGCAUGUUGAGGGGUGGGAAGGGAACGGGAGCGGGAACGGGAGAAGGCGCGGAAGGGAGGGGUGAUAGGUUGGUGUUGGCGGCCAAGGUGCUCGUUUUGAAACGCUUGCUAGUAUCGAGUUUUGGCGCGAGGGACGGGGUGGAUGAAGGGGUGAGGAAGGCGGUUGAGGCGGCGAGGAAGAGUUUGGGUAGCCUGAGGAGGAGACUGCUUAGGGCGGUUGAGAAGGUAUUGGAGAAGAUUGGCGACGGGGUAGAUCGAGGCGAUAUUCUCAAGGCCUUGACCGCGUAUAGUCUGGCUUCGAGUUCUGGCGCGAGAGAUGUGUUGCGUCAUUUUCUCAGCGUGAGGGCUGAAGCUAUGACAUAUGAAUUCGACUCUGGGGAGCACGAGAAGGAAAGGGAUACCGAAAACGUCUUGAAAGGCCUUGAUUUAUAUACGAGGACGCUUCUGGACGUGCAAGCAUUGGUACCUAGCAAACUCUCUGAUGCACUGCUUCGGCUCAAAAAGCAGCACUUGUUAGCAGAUGAAUCACUCCAGGGGCUAGAGGGCCUCCGACUCGACAUAUUCGAGAAGUGGUGUGGAGAGGAGAUACAGUAUUUCACUCCCUUUAUCCGCCAUGAUGACCUAGUUGGAAAACAGGCUAGAGAAAUGCUCACGGGCUGGGCGACGAAAGGUGGCGAGAUACUUCUCCAAGGUCUCAGGAGGACCCUGGAGCACGUUUCCGAGUUCAAGACUAUUGUGGAUCUAAGGACUAGUGUUCUUCAACAUUGGAUUAAGGACGGCGGGAAAGCUAGGGGAUUUGACCCGUCUGUUAUGCUUAACGGUAUACGGGAAGCUAUCGAUGAUCGGCUCUUGCACAUUUUGGAAGCCAAAGUGGCCAAGCUCAAGCUAGUCGGGUCCGAGGUGACUGCAACUCUCGAAGCAUGGCACCCUGGCACGACCGACAAGCAUCAUAGUUUAUGGGAUGAAGAGAUGCUGGAUAUAGAUGUGUCGGGUAGCGCAACCCAUGUUACUCGCGAAGUCAUCUCUCGUCUGUACGGGCGAAACGAUGCCGUGGCCAAGGUAGUCACCAGCUACGAGUCGUGGCAUCAUGUUAUUGACAGCGCAGAUGACUUAAUCAGCCAGCUCAAACGCCAGCGCUGGGAUGAUGAUGUGGAGGAGAUAGAAGAUGAGGAUGUCAUUGCAGAGCGCCAAAAACUAUUAAGCAAAGACGACCCCGAAUUGCUAAAGAAGAAAUUGGAUGAAACUACCGUCCAAGCUUUCAAAGAUCUAAAUGAGCAUUUGACGACUGUCUGGAAAUCGAAAUCAGAUAGCCCGGACAACGGUCCUAUUUCCAUGUACCUCUUGCGGAUUCUUAGGGAUAUCCGCAGCCGACUACCCGAAUUGGAAGACAUCAAAUCUUUUGGCUUGGAGAAUGUACCGUCUCUACAUGAGAAACUAGCAGCUCACGUGUCGGUCUCGCCUCUCGAGGAAUUCGCUUCGACGACCCUAGCGAGAAGACAUGUAGCCGGCCGAGCGUUAUGGGAAGGAGAACCACCCUUGCCAGCACAACCGUCCCCCGGCACAUUCAAACUUCUACGCAACCUUGUCAUGUCCAUGGGAGAUGCAGGUUUGGACCUUUGGACACCUGCCGCUGUGGGUGUUCUGAAGCGAACAUUUAGCAAGCAACUCGUUGAAGCAUGGCGCGAAGAAUUUAACUCCGAAGCCACAGAUGGCCAAAAUAUAGGCGAAGCGAGUGAGGAAAAGUCAUCGGAGAAUGAAAACGACGGCCCGUCAGAAGCUCCAGAAAAUUCAUCAGAGAAUGAGAAGGAUACGCAAGAAAAAUUCGAGAAGAACAACGACAUAUACAUCCAGUGGCUCUACGACAUCCACCUCAUUAUACAAUGUCUCGGUACUGAAGUUAGCUCGGAGGAAUCGUUCAAAGCUUUUGUAGAGGAGAUUUCCGAAAGGACGGGAUUAGAAAAGGGAGCUCAAGAGAAGCUGGCGAAGACAUCGCAGGAAUAUUGGAAGAGGACGAGCUUGUUAUUUGGGCUGCUCGCAUGAUACCCAUGACU